AAGAAUUCCAACAAGCGAUGGACCCAGCUGUAGAGGAGAGUGUAAAGCGGUUCGCCAAGGACAUCUAUGAAUACUGGAAGUCCAGGAGGACCAGCAACGGCAACGAGCCCCUACUACCUACACCGAAGGUUGAGGCUGGUCGAGACACCGAUGAUACGGACCCGUAUGUCUGCUUCCGUAGGCGUGAGGUGCGGCAGACGCGCAAGACCCGUGGUAGGGAUGCGCAGAGUGCCGAUAAGCUGAGGAGACUCAGGAAGGAGCUGGAAGAUGCUCGACAGAUGGUCGCUUUGGUGCGCCAACGCGAGCUAGCGAGGAAGGAGAUGCUGGCCAUCGAACGCCAAGUGUUCUUGCAGAGAUCGGAGGUCAAGGAGAUGAAGAGGAAGCUCAACAUCAAGGAUGAUGAUGAGGACCUCAUCAACCAGAAGCCGAAGAAGAAGCCUGUAGAAGCACCAGCUGUGCAACGCCCGGCUGCGCCUCAACUGCGCAUGCCCCCCAAGGCUGGUACACAAGCUGCAGAAGACCUACAGCUGUUGGAGGAUGUUCAGGCAGAGAAGGAGAACGAGAUUCAGCGCGACAUCAAGCAGAAUAUCGCCAAGCACGUCAAGUGGAACGAGGGCUAUGUGGACUUCACAAGAGCACCACUCUCCCCGUCGCCAGAGCGAACUUUCGAUGCUGCUUCUUUCCGCCCUGCAAUCACCACUCAACUGCCCACGCCGCCAUCAUCGGAAUCGUCCGAUAAUAUGCUGGAUUCGCCCUUAGAUACCACGAGUGCCAUUGCUCUCCGAGAUAAAUUAGCUCCACAUGCCAUGGAAUUGAGUGUGGACACCAGCAAGAUGCCCUCGUUCAGACGACGUAUCGGGCGCGGCGGUCGUUUGUGGAUCGAUCGUCGAAAUCUGGUGUCCCGUUGUAGAGUCGAACUGGACCCAUGGAAGGCCGAUCGGUUCAAGUAUGAUCAGGAGGACUCGGACGAGGAUCUCGAAUUUGAAGGAGACCAGUACGAUAUCCAGAUCAUGCAGCAUCGGGCCAUCAUGGCAGCCAAAGCCCGAGACCAAGCAGCGGCGGCAGCUCAAGCCCAUGCGCAGGCGCAGGCUCAACAAGCUCAGGCUCAAGCUCAGGCUCAACGGCGAUUGCAGGCCGAGCAGACAUCGGCGACCAAUCCACCAAGCGGAGGGCAAACCAUGGGAUCUAAUCCCGGGCCUGGCGCCAUUGCCUCCACUUCAGAGACCUAAGCUGGCCUUUGUUCUUCUCCCCCCUCUCUUCCCUUCUGAUUAUGUUUUUAAUCUUUCACCCCAUGUUUCGCAUCUGGCCGGCGUUGUUCUUUCGACAUAUUCUCUUACCCUCACCUGUACUUUUACCCCCUGGACGUCCUGAUUCUUUACCCCAUACCCCGAAUUUCUUUUCUUUCCGGAGCGCUGCAAAGCGUUCGACCCUCAGGAUGAUGUUGCCGGAUGAUGCUUUGUUUAUGACAUGACCCUGGUAUUAUGCGAAAGUUAGUGUACAUAGCCAGUUUUUGUCCUCUUUUUUCUUUUCUUUCAGCCGAGCAGUCGAUAGACUCGUGUACGGAUAGUGAGGCUAUGAGGUCAGCGACGAAGAAGAUAACAAAAAUCAAUAUUAAUUAGAUGAAAAAGGAGAAAAAAAUCAAACUUUUGGUCUUAUCCAUCAUAAUAA